AUGUCGUUCAAAUUCAGCUUUGCAGACGAAGACGUGGCAAGCGAUGACGCCUCAGCUCACCCACCACAGCAGCCACCACAACAAAAUCAUGCACGGGCUCUCGAUUCAUUCAAAGUCGCUGCUGAGAAUCAGCCGCAGAUGAUCUCAUUUUCUUCAAUGCUACAAACUUUGGCCAACGUCAGAGUCACCUUCGACAAUUACACCACGCCAGGGGGGAAUACCGUGUAUAGACGGGAACUAUUUGACGUCAAGCAUCAAGUGAUGACAGAGGAAAACACGGACACGAAUGCAAUUCAGCUAACGCAAUGGUUGAUUGACGAUAACCGAGCCGAUUUGCAGAGUCGAGUGUAUGAAGGCGGGUUCAAGAGCUGGGAAUGCUCGUAUGACUUGGUUGACAAACUCUCGAGCUUGAUCAAGCAGGGAAAGCUUCUUUCGCUGCCGCUGCUGCCGCGGGUGGUGUCUAUUUUGGAGAUGGGAUGCGGAACGGCUCUUCCAGCUUCAUUCUUGGUCAUGAAAAAAUUUCAGGCCCGCGACAAACUGCCUAUGAAGUUGGUGUUGUCUGAUUUCAACCUCGAUGCACUACGGUUGGUUACGAUCCCGAAUUUGUUGAUACACUGGUGUCUGACACUCCCGGUGGAUAAAUUGCGUGAGCUAACUACCAGUGACGAGAACCCCGCUUUCAACAAUGACGAGGUGUUUGUAAGUGACAAGUUGAUCCACGAGUUUGAGCAGAGCUUGAACGAUCACAACGUUGAGAUUGUGCUUGUCUCGGGGUCAUGGGGCAGCGAGUUCAACGCGUUGGUCAAACCUAUGGGGAUCAAUUUCAUUCUCAGCUCGGAAACUAUAUACUCGCCCGAGACGUUGCCCAUAGUUGCCGAGUCGCUUUGGGAGAUUUUGGCCGACUCAGGCCAAAGUCACGCGUGUGCUCUUGUGGCUGCUAAAAACAUCUAUUUUGGAGUUGGUGGGUCUGUGGUUGAGUUUCUCGAUUAUUUCGAUGGUAUCAAGAACGAGGCCCUGACUGUUGAUGUAGAGGAAAUCGACAAUCUGCAGCUAAAGAGGUCAAUCAUUUCCAUCGAGUACAUAAGCAUACAAGAUAGAAAAUAG